AUGGCUCUAAAAGAAGAGUUCAAGACGUUGGCGGACGACACGUCGGCGAUAUCAGCGAGUAAUGCAGCGGCGCGCCCCAGCAAGGACGGUGUGGCCGGCAAGCUGGUCGCCAUCACACAGGGCGGAGAAGAAGCUGCUAGAUCGAUGCUGGAGAAGCUGCCGCUGGGCCGCUUCGCCGUGGUGGAGGGCAUGUGCACGAUCAGAAAGGAUCCUCAUAUAGGUCGACCGACCCGGGCCGUGGCGAGGACGACGGAGGACGUGGCGAACGCGGACGAGUGGGCCAAUUGCGUCUAUCAUCGGCCAAAUGAUAUUGAAGGUCGUGAUGAGAGGCGAGGCCCUGCUGGACGAACUCUAGAAGCUGCCGGACCAACAACAACAACGAUCAUGAGAUAA